AUGGCGUUCUCGCUCUAUCUGAUCUUGACUCUCAUCCUAGCUGCACUUGUUCCUGCCGAACAUACCUCUAACUGGGCUGUCCUGGUGUCGACGUCGCGAUUUUGGUUCAACUACCGCCACCUUGCCAAUGUUCUGUCGCUCUACCGCACCGUUAAACGUCUGGGAAUUCCCGAUUCUCAAAUCAUCCUCAUGCUUCCAGACGACAUGGCCUGCAACCCCCGCAACGCAUUUCCCGGCACUGUUUACAACAACGCGGACCGCGCCCUCGACCUGUACGGUGACAACAUCGAGGUCGACUACCGUGGAUACGAGGUUACCGUUGAGAACUUCAUUAGGCUUAUGACGGACCGCGUGGGAGAGGACAUGCCUCGUAGCAAGCGCUUGUUGACAGAUGAUCGAAGCAACAUUUUGGUAUACAUGACCGGACACGGGGGAAAUGAAUUCCUCAAGUUCCAAGAUGCUGAAGAGAUUAGCGCUUUUGAUCUUGCUGAUGCAUUUGAACAAAUGUGGGAGAAGAAGCGCUACCAUGAACUGCUCUUCAUGAUCGAUACCUGUCAGGCCAACACUAUGUAUAGCAAGUUCUAUUCCCCCAACAUCAUAGCCACCGGUUCCUCUGAGAUCGAUCAAUCCUCAUACUCCCAUCACGCCGACAAUGACGUGGGUGUCGCCGUUAUCGACCGCUACACGUACUACAAUCUCGAGUUCCUCGAAACACAAGUCAGGGAUCCCUCGUCUAAGCUUACUCUUGGGGACCUUUUCGAUAGCUAUGAUGAGGCUAAGAUACACAGCCAUCCUGGUAUAAGGUACGACCUUUUCCAGGGUGGCGAAAAAACAGCUAGGGAGAGACUUGUCAUGGAUUUCUUUGGGAAUGUGCAAAACGUCGAAGUCGAGAACGGAGUUGAGCGCAACGACACAAAGUUACAGGAAGAGUUGGAUCACUUAAGCAGGCUCAUCGAGGCUGCAAAGCAACGUCACAACGAAACUCAAGUCGCCUAUUCUGCAGGCAUUGACAGUACUGAAGCGAACGUUCAGCCAAAGAGUGCGAAAAAGUUCGAAGGUGCUGCAAAAAUCCAGCAGGAUGACGGUUGGAGUAAACAACUCGUCGGUCUAUCUGCUCUGCUUGGCAUUACAACCAUAUGGGCCGCUGGAUCCUGGUUGGAAUCAUAG